ACUCAGCACGCACAAAAUCCUGAGUCAAGUUUAUGAUGGCGCAUCACUCAUGUCUGGCAGGCAUGGUGGUGUGCAGAAAUUGCUCCAAAACAAGCUGGAUCGUAACAUACCAUAUAUUCACUGCUUUAAUCACCAACUUCAUCUGGUUGUGAUUCAUGCCAUGUCCAGUGAAGCAGCUGUCGAUGAUUUUUUUGGAGUAUGCAACAUGCUGUACAACUUCAUCAGGAAGCCAACCGUGGCUAUUCUGUACAAAGGCGAUACCCUGAAACGUCUCUUGAACCAGAGAUGGACUGGCCACUUGGCAACGGUCAAAGUUGUGGUGAAGAGUUUUCACGACAUAUCCACAUUACUGACCGAGGUGGAAAACACACGAGGCCUUGGAGCGGAGGUGCGCGUCGAGGCUACGGGGCUGCUUCGUGCCAUUACGCAGCGCAGUUUCCUUUUCAUUGCGCACCUUGUUAUGAAACUGUUGUCACUUUUCGAGCCGCCUAACAGACUACUACAGGCCGAAGAUAUGGACUUGUUCACUGCGGUGACACUUGUGAACAGCGCUUCUGACUGCGUGAAGACAAUGCGCGCAGAAAACGAGUUUUCUGCACUGUGGGAUCUCUGCGCUCCUCCAGCAUCGGCCACCGAGGCUGUGCCGGUGACCGACCCUGGUCCAAGCAAGAGAAGACGCACAAUUAAUGAGAACCUCCGCGGAUUUGCAGUUGAAGAAACAGUUGGUCAGCCACAAAGUGACAUAGAUGAAAAGACUGAGUUCAUGAGAUUGUUUUACAGUGUUGUCGAUGCUGUGCAAGGAGAGAUGAAUGCGCGUUUUGGAGAGCGCAGUAGCGAGCUCAUUGGCGCACUGGCUGCUUUGAACCCAGAGGCCGAGGAUAAUUUCCUGGACCCAUCAAAGUUAACCCCUCUCCUGGUAUUAGCUGGAACUGAUGUGGUUGAAUCUGAAUAUACUGUGGCUCGUUAGUGCCUGGUGAAGAAAAUGACUGACACCCCGGUUACCCCCGAAGAUGGAAAAUGGACAAUAGCCAACAUCCUCAGCACAUUCAACUGUGCACUCCAGGCUAUGUCGACUGUUUUCACAGCCUACACACUUGCCCUAACCUUAGGAGCUUCCACAGCAAUGUGUGAAAACUCAUUUUCCACGCUCAAAAGCGUCUUCUCAGAGCAUCGGCGCAGUAUGCUGCACUGACGCAAGGCCCAGCUGAUUCAGCUUGCUUUUGAAAAGGACCUCACUCACAAGUUUAAGUCCUAGUGGAAGGAUACUUUGAUGAGGAGGUUCUGCUCGGAGAAACACCGCCUCCCGCUGUACUGACAGGAGGGACUGGAGAGAGGACAGCGCUGCCUCCACUCAAAGUACCGGAAUUCUGUAGAAGCAGCCUUUAUUUUCAGACUCUGCAG